AUGGAAACAUCAGUUGCUGCGUUGGUAACAGUUUCAAUCGCCAUAGUUCUUGUGUCGUGGUGGGUAUGGAGAACUUUGAAGUGGGUUUGGUUUAAACCUAAGAUGCUUGAGAGUUACCUGAGAAGACAAGGUCUUCCCGGAACUCCUUACACUCCUCUUGUCGGCGAUUUGCAGAGGAAUUUCACCAUGUUGACAGAGGCAAGUUCCAAACCCAUCAAACUAACCGAUGAUAUCACUCCACGUGUCGUCCCUUAUCCUCUGCAAAUGCUCAAGACUCACGGAAGGACUUUCUUUACAUGGCUUGGACCUAUACCAACCAUCACCAUUAUGGAUCCUGAGCUAAUCAAGGAAGUGUUCAACAAAGUUUAUGAUUUCCCAAAGACUCAUACUUUCCCUUUGGGUAGAUUGAUAGCCACUGGACUCGCUAAUUAUGAUGGUGAUAAAUGGGCGAAACAUCGAAGAAUCAUUAAUCCAGCUUUCCACCUUGAGAAGAUCAAGAACAUGGUCCCUGCGUUCCACCAGAGCUGCGGCGAGAUUGUUGGCGAAUGGGGCAAGUUAGUCUCUGAUAAAGAAUCGUCAUGUGAGGUGGAUGUUUGGCCUUGGCUUGUGAGUAUGACUGCAGAUGUGAUCUCUCGUACUGCUUUUGGCAGCAGCUACAAAGAAGGGCAGAGGAUAUUCGAGCUCCAAGCAGAACUAGCGCAGCUCAUCAUACAAGCUUUUCGGAAAGCGUUUAUCCCUGGAUAUAGUUAUCUCCCAACAAAGGGUAAUAGAAGGAUGAAAGCAGCAGCUAGAGAAAUUCAAGUUAUACUGAGAGGGAUCAUUAACAAGAGGUUAAGAGCGAGGGAAGCUGGGGAAGCACCGAGUGACGAUUUGCUAGGUAUACUUCUUGAAUCGAAUUUGGGGCAAGCUAAAGGAAAUGGAAUGAGCAUUGAGGAUGUAAUGGAGGAGUGCAAGUUAUUCUAUUUCGCCGGGCAAGAGACUACUUCYGUACUUCUMGUCUGGYCAAUGGUURUGUUAAGCCAACACCAAGACUGGCAGGCUCGCGCAAGAGAAGAAGUUAGGCAAGUUUUUGGCGAUAAAGAACCCGAUACAGAAGGCCUGAACCAACUCAAAGUUAUGACGAUGAUAUUAUAUGAGGUGCUUAGGCUGUAUCCUCCCGUAACUCAGCUGACGCGAGCCGUUCACAAAGAGAUGAAGCUAGGAGAUCUGACAUUACCAGGCGGUGUUCAGAUCAAUCUACCGAUUCUGCUAGUCCAACACGACACCGAGCUAUGGGGCAACGGUGCAGAGGAGUUCAAGCCCGAGAGAUUCAAAGACGGUCUCUCAAAGGCAACAAAAGGCCAAGUCUCCUUCUUUCCGUUCGCGUGGGGACCAAGGAUAUGCAUUGGCCAGAAUUUUGCUCUGUUGGAAGCAAAGAUGGCAAUGUCAUUGAUUCUACAGAGAUUCUCCUUUGAGCUAUCUCCUUCCUAUGUUCAUGCUCCUUACACUGUCAUCACCAUUCACCCACAAAUAUGGUACCUGCGUUUCAUAAAAGUUGUCUGUGUAUGGGAGAAGUUAGUUUCAGGUAAAGGGUUUUCGUGUGAAGUCGAUGUUUGGCCAUGGCUAGUGAAUCUUUCUGCGGUUGUGAUCUCUCGAGCUGUGGGGCAACGAUGCAGCGGAGUUCAGGCCCGAGAGAUUCAAAGACACUAUCUCAAAGACAACAAAGAACCAAGUCUCAUUUUUCCUCUUUGGAUGGGAACCGAGGAUAUGCAUCGGCCAGAGUUUUGCCAUGUCGGAGGCAAAUAUGGCAAUGGCACCAAAAUGGUGGUGGCCUAG